AUGGCAGAGGAGAAGGCAGAGCAGGCGGAGGCGGAAAUCGAGUCGUUGCGGGCCCGAGUCGAAGAACGCGAUUUAGAGCUGGAAAUUCUUCGCUCUGAAGCGGAGCUUUUAACGAUUGAUAGCAUUCAUAUCAACAUUCUUCGACUAUCAAUUCACUAUUCCAUACCGCCAUUCAUAUCGCCAUUCUUCGACAUCUAUAUCACCAUUCUUCGAAUAUCAAUCGACUAUUCCAUAUCACCAUUUUUCCGUUCGCAAGAGCAAGAGGCGGAUUACGAGUUUGCUCUCCUAGACAAGGAAAUGGCCGAAGAGCGAGCUGAACAGUUUGAUACUGAGAUUGAGUUGUUGCGGGCCCAAGUUGAAGAGCGGGAUCUCGAGCUUAGGAUAGUGAAUUGA